UGAAUGAGGUGGACAACGGCUCAGUUGGAGCACCACCAUUUACUUAUUUAGCUUGCUUUACAUUCUGGGUGGCCUGUUGCGGGUCAUCAUCAUCGCAUGAAAAAGCCUGACUGACAGAUUCAUCUUCAUCUUUCAGAUACAGCAUUUCCAUAGUCUGUACCUAAGCUUGGCAGCGCCAUGAAAGGUGGAGGAAGAGGUAAGGAGCCUCCGGUGGAGGUGAGCUGCAAGCGGCCCAAGCGCAAGUGUCUACAAUGGCACCCGCUACUCUCCAAGAAGGCCCUGGACUUUUCAGAGGAGGAAGAGGAGGACGAAGAAGAACUAGAGAAGGAGCCAUUGUUGGUCAGGGAGACCCGGGGGCCGAAGGUGCCAUGCGGGGGGCCCAUGGAGGGGGAAGAGGACUCUUCAGAGCAGCGGGCCCGCCGGCCCAUGAAUGCCUUCCUGCUUUUCUGCAAGCGCCACCGAUCGCUGGUGAGGCAGGAACACCCUCGACUGGACAACCGUGGUGCCACCAAGAUCUUGGCUGACUGGUGGGCCGUGCUGGAGCCCAAAGAGAAACAGAAGUACACCGACAUGGCCAAGGAGUACAAAGAUGCCUUCAUGAAGGCUAACCCGGGCUACAAGUGGUGCCCUGCCACCAACAAGCCAGUCAAGAGCCCCUGCCACACUGUCAGCAACACCCGCAAUAAAGUGUGGUCCUUCCCUUCCAACUCCCCUAAGGGUUGUGCCACUGCCAAGAAAGUGCCCAAGACUGACAGCACACCACAGCUUAACUUCGCCAUGGCAGAUCCCACGAAGAUGGGUGGCCUAAGCAUGCUACUGUUGGCUGGGGAGCAUGCCCUUACUGCCAGAGAGAUUUCCUCCAGCUCAUCACAAUCUGGAGCCACAGAUGUCACUAAGUACCCUGAUAAAUCCUCCCUAUUCCAACUUGCUGAGAUCUCUUCCAGCACGCGUCAGCCCAGUUUAAUGGACACCGCUGGCAAAGGGAAGCCCUUGAGUUGGGGGGACCAGGCUGAAAUGUGGUCUGGAACCUCACAGCUGGGAAAGCCUGACGUACCCACUGCCAAUGUCAAGUCCCCUCUUUUUCAACUGGGAGAGCAGAUCUCCUCUGAUUCGAGCCAGUCGACUGCACCAGAGGGAAAGCAGUGUGGCCAGUCCGCUCUCUUCCAGCUUGCUGAGAUGUGCUUGGCCUCCGAGGCAGGGAAGAUGGAGACACAGGACGAUACCUGCACCCCACACAUCAAAACUGAGACGGUGGUCGAGGAGGCUAGGGACAACACCCCUGAUCUUCCUCUCUCCUUUCCCCCGUCUUCCUCCUCCAUGCCGACCGAUGCUAGUCUCCUGCUGCUCAGCGGCCAAGCGGCCAUAAUCAAAAAGAAAAAAGACGCCAGCACCAGAGAGCCGGCCAAAGUGGUGGACAAAGACAAGAGCCCUGGUCCCGGCUCGCCCAAAAAGACCCUCAAGAAGCGACCGUCAUCCGAGUCGGAGUUGGAGAGCCUCUUCUACACUAUCGAAGCCGUGGCUAAAGGGGCCUGGGGCGACGCCGAGGAGGAUAUGCCCAAGAAGAAGGCUCGCACCGCCGCCGUUACCAUUCUGGUAGAGUCCAGCUCACCCAAAAAGAGGGCCAAGCCCAAAGCCAAGAGGCCCCUGAAGGCUAAGGAAGAUGAGAGAAAUGUGAAGGACAAAGAGGACGACGGAUGCAUAGAGCUUCCAUUGACAGUGGAGACGGUGGUGAAUCCAGCAAGCCCCAAGACAGAGGCUAAGGAGGCCAAUAUUAGCAGCAGCACGGAGGAGCCCACCUCCCCUCCCAGCCCCCCGCGCAUCAAGCACAAAGUCGGGGAGAGGGAACUGGAGGCCAACGCAGAGGGGUGUGGCUCCAGAAAGUCUGAGAGAAGCUGCAAGGGGGCGCUGUACAAGACCCUGGUUUCGGAAGGGAUGCUGACCUCACUGAGGGCCAACGUGGACAGAGGCAAAAGAGGUUCUUUUCGAAGUGCAUCUGAUGAAGGAGGCUGGACUGACGAGACCUGGGCUUUCUCACAGAUGGGACCCAGUAAUUUCAAGAAGCUUAAGAAGUCCAAAUCUAAAGACGAGACCGCGCCAGGUUUGGGGAAACUAGAGGAGGAGUUUGAGAAGAAGUUCAACAGCCUGCCGCAGUACAGCCCUCUGACAUUCGACAAAAAGAGCACUGUCGUCACCAAGAAGAAAACUGACAUUAACACCGCCCUGGAGGAACAACCUCCAAAACCUGCCAAGGGUCCAUCUCCAUCUCAGAAAAAUACUUUAUUCCACAAGAUUGUUAGCAAAUACAAGGAGAAAAAGGAGAAGCCCAAUACUUUGGACAAAGACAUAGCGAUGCGUAGUGACUCCCCCAUGUUAGACUCGGCUGCCAAGGCCACAAAGGCAAAGCCGAGCCCAGCCCCCUGUACCACCGCCACGCUGAACCCAGAAGCCAUGGGAACUAGCCCUAGCGUGCCAGUGGGCAGCCAGAAAAGGAAGGCCAGGAAGAGCAAGAUCACACACCUGGUGCGCUCGGCCGAUGGCAGGGUGUCCCCAGCCGAAGAGGACAAAGCCAGGGACCUGACCCCGGAGCAGGAUGACAAGCCAUUAUCCCAAGAUACUUUAUGCAAUGAAACAGGGUGUUACAGCGCAUCCAAGCAAGAGGAGGCGGACAGGAGCAGUGCACCUGAAGACCUGCCUGCCUUCUUUAGCCUGGCUGCCCUUGCAGAGGUGGCAGCCAUGGAGAACAUUCACAGAGGCCAGCAUGUGAUUGGUGACAGCCAGAAGAAGGACAUGGCCAAGACCCCUGUGCUCAUCUCCUGCGCUGACCAAUGAAGUGGAGGAGCCUCUUGCCUCCGGCAAAACAGAAUAGAUGCUCGCUUGUUCGUUUAAAUUUUUUAACCUCCAACUCCUCAUCCUGUCCUGGAAGGAAGGAAAGAGACGGAACGUGACUCGUGGAUGGACCCCUCUGUGGUGAAUUAGCUCUAGAGCUCUGGUCUGAGGGGGAAAGAGUGGGUGAACUCACCUUCUCAGUGUUCUCCUGAACCCUUCCCUUGGCAGUAGGAGAUCACAUCGCCCCUCUUCCCAGACACUCCUGCCUAGAGGACCCUGUGGAAGAGGAAGACCAGUCCCUGAGAGCAUGGCUUCCUUCUCCGUUAGAGGUAGUUGUGUUAACGUGUAACCUUUGUCUGAUAUUACGCCAUUUUAAAGGUCAAGUUUUGCUAACAAAAAUUGCAUUUAAAAAAAGAAAGGAAACCUACGAUAACAUUUUCCCAUUUCAACCACAGUUUCGCAAAGACUCCACCUAGCAUACCUCGACGUAGGAUGAGUCAGAUAUUGUGGUUUCCCGCACGACUUCAUGCUUGAACUUAAACUAACACAGCCUGAGUAGAUAGUCCUCGUGACUGAAAGGGUUCCAAGAUACACAGACCUUACUUGUGUACCUUAAUUUUAAUUUGCCUAUUUAGUGUGGUCUAUAGAUACAACAGACCUCUUAACCUUCCAGGCCAUUAGCUUUUAAGCCAUUUAGCAUACACUCUUAUCCAGAGCAACUUACAGGAGCAAUUGGGAUUAAGUGCCUUGCUCAAGGGCCCAUCCAUUUUUCACCUAGUCAGCUUGGGGAUUUGAACCAGCAACCUUGCGGUUACUGGCCCAAAGCUCUUAACCGCUAGGCUACAUGCCGCCCAUGCACGUUGUAACCACUGUCAACCAUUAAGAUGCCAUUGUCAUGUAUUCAAUACUGAUCUAUCCCAAGCCUUCACGCCAGCUUAGCAACUGCUACUACGGUGGUCAGUUUGAACUCAACACAUUGAGGCUCUUGCAUUUAAACUUAAGCUUGCGUUUAAGUUUAGAUGGGAGGCCUUUGGUUAGCAUAUUUUCAGUCUUUAUCUGCCUGUUUACCUGGUGUUCAGCCCUAUGUGAUGACAAGCAAAGUUACUAACAGAAUGGAUGGUUCUCCAUGGCCUUAACUCUCUCAUCACGACCCUAACCGUACCACAACCACAACCUCUGCUCCUUAUUUCUGACUACCAUCCCAUCCACCACGCAACCAUUCACACAAUUCUUACAUCCGUUUGAAUAUACUUGAAUGAUGAAAAUGCAUUUUGUGUCAAUACUUGAUCUUAUUGCAGUCUGCGUAGCAUCUUCAAGGCUAAUCCAAAUGUGUGCUACUAGUUUCGUAAGAGUUUUUUAACAGACGCUGCACAAAUUUUGAGCUUAACGUAGGAGACUCUUUUAAGAUGUAACUUUUUCUUAGUAGGGCGAUGUGUUUUCCCUCGUUUUGUUUUUCCUAUUGGCCUUUUGAGAUUUUCUUAUGCCAAGUAAUGGUCCACUCUUAGGCAAUCAGAAUAAUCAAGGUUUUGCUUUUGAACGUAUUUCAAUAACAAGACAAUGGUCGUUGCUUUUAACGCAUUGUUUAAAAAAAAAAAUGUUUUUAUUGCAUGUUCUAACCAAGGUAGAACAGGCUAGCAUCCAUUCCAUAUCCAGAUAGCAGAUCCUUGUGUCCAUUCUUCUGUUUACAGUGUGUGAGCUGUAGUGGGGGACUCUUGACAUAUGCUCUGGGUGUAAGCUAAUCAGAUGGAGAAAGCUGUGUCAAGCUUAUAUAAGUAGUGUAUGACGAACUCACAUUGCAAGUCCCCACCGAUAUGUCCUCCAUGAAGUUACCAUCAUACUAUAUUAUUAUUACUCUUUUGUUUCCAAGUUGACCAAUGCUCUUUUUCUUAGUUUGUGCAGUAAAUCACACUUCUCUCCUUGUC